AUGAAGUUGUUUAUCGUGAUUUUGUGUCUGUUUUUUGUGUCAGUUCAGAUUAAGGCACAGACCAGGCAGGGUUGCCCUGAUGUUUGUCCUGCCGUUUACCAACCGGUCUGCGGCGAAACUUUAAUAAACGGAAAAUUAGUGCGAUGUGAAUUUGGCAACAGUUGUAGAAUGGGUAUCAGCUCUUGUCGUCAUAGAAUAAGUUGGUGCGACACGCCCUUGGAAAAAUGUGUAGAAACUUCUCCCAUAUGCACUCAAUUUCGCUGAACUAAAAAUAUAAUUUCGCAAGUACACAAGUUUAAUUUACUCACUCAGUUAUGACGUUAAUUUACUUACCAAAUAGACGCCUUGCGGAAAAUAAAAUAUGUU